GUACCGUCGGUAACCACAGCAGCGGCCACAUGAUGCUCUGCAGGAGGAAGAACUUUUUCAGAAGUUGGUUUUAAGAUAAGGUACAAGCAGUUUGAAAAUGUUGCCCACGCUUCUUACAUGUGCAGAUAAGUUCUCUGCUCUGGACUGGAAAUACUGGCGGUAAGAAAACUUGUUUAACUCGCCUUGAACUGCGUUUGAAGGACAAAACGAUGAAUAAUCAAUCGAUGACAGGGAGGACCAUGGUCCCGACCAUUCCGUCUAUUAUGUUCAUUUUCGGGGUGGUUGGGAAUGUCAUCGCCAUCGUGGUUCUUUGUAAAUCUCGCAAAGAACAGAAAGAAACCACGUUUUACACGCUUGUGUGUGGACUGGCAGUCACGGACCUCCUGGGCACACUGUUGGCCAGUCCGGUCACCAUCGCCACUUAUGUGAAAGGAUCAUGGCCCGGAGGAGACCCGCUGUGCCAAUAUUUUGGAUUCACUUUGCUUUUCUUCUCUCUGGCGGGACUCAGUAUCAUCUGUGCCAUGUCGGUGGAGAGAUACAUCGCUAUAAACCAUGCGUACUUCUACAAUGACUAUGUGGACCAGAAACUGGCGGGUUUGACUCUCCUGGCGAUCUACAUCUCCAACGCUCUUUUCUGCGCCCUGCCGAUUAUCGGCUUUGGACAGGUGAAGAAACAAUAUCCGCAAACUUGGUGUUUUUUAGAGUGGAGGAGCAACAAGACCAGCGAUGCCGCCUACUCCUACAUGUAUGCAGGUUUCAGCUCUCUUCUCAUUCUCGCCACUGUUAUCUGUAACGUGCUGGUGUGUGGGGCUUUGAUCCGGAUGCAUCGGCGCUUCGUGCGCAGGAUGUCGCUGGGAACCGAUCUGGGGCGCACCGUGAACAUGGAGCCGCCGAGGAGAGGACGCAGCUUUGGACGUCUGGCCGGUGCAGAGAUUCAGAUGGUCAUUCUGCUCAUAGGCACGUCGGCAGUGGUGCUUAUCUGCUCCAUCCCACUUGUUGCUCAGGUGUUUUUGAACCAGCUGUAUAAGACUCCAGUGGAGCUACGUUUGGACAAAAACCCUGAUCUUAGAGCGAUACGCUUCGCCUCCUUCAACCCCAUUCUUGACCCCUGGAUCUACAUCCUGCUCCGGAAGGCUGUUCUUCUCAAGCUCAUUGAGAAAAUCAAGUGCUUAUUUUGCAAGAUGGAAGCACGGGGGCAACAGAGACAGGGGAACUUUAACUGUAUAGACGCUCAUCAACUCUCCUCGGUCAUUUCUAAUCGGGACUCACAUUCCCUGGUUUCCCAUGACCUGCGAGACUUCUCCAGCAGCUCCCAGACCUUCCUCUACCUGCCAGAGGGGAGUGAAGUGUAUAAAGGAAGCUGCCAUAAAGCAGACAGAGUCUCUAGUUCACAGCCUUCAUCUGACAGAAACUCAAGAGCUUCUUAUUUGUCUGAGCGAGGCAGCAUUGAAGCUCAGAGCAGAGAAGGGACAGAUGUUAUCAGGGACCUCUCAGCUCUGCCAUGCCCAAAAGACCAAGCACUUCAGGUGUCGCUGAGCACUCAGACAGUGGAGGAGAAAUGCAUCUGACUUAACUCUGAAUUAGGAGAAAGUUCUCAGUUCGCUCUGGGGUAGCUUGUCUACUGAAUGACUUCUGCAAAAAAAACUUUCAAACUCUGAAGGCACAUAAAAAAUAAUAAAUGACUCUUCUUGUGAAGUCGGACACAUGAAGCUUGGAAGAGGAACAGAUAAUCUUGAAGCGCUGUGAGCUUUAUCUUCCUGUUUGUCUCUGUUUCAGCACCCAGCUACCUCAAGUGAUGACUAUCUCUGACUAUGUGAGCAGAUUUUGUCAUUUUUGCCCAAAACAGAUGUUACUCUCCCAGAGAUGACCCACUUCUUCAUGACUCAAGUGUCAGUGAUGGAAAAGUGAUCCUUCCUAAUUUCAGCUACUUUGUUUAAUGAUUGUGGAAACCUUUACUGUAAAGUAGAUGUGGCUCAGCUGUUUAGAAUAACUGAGUCACACACUUGUGGUCAAUAUAGGAACUGAAAACACUAUUGAAUGUGAUCCUUAUGAGUAAUCAGUGGCAUGUGCGAUUGAUUUGCUUCAUAAACUCUAUUGUACAGGGCUUUUUGAAGGACAUAUUGUGUUAGUUCCAUGACUAAUGUACAGUGCAGUAUUAUUAUGUGGUGAACAUCCAAAGUUUUCAUUCCUUGUUCCUGGAAUACACACAAAUAUGUCAUCUCAAAUUAUUUAAAAAGAGGUUUUCCAUCUUACAGUGAGGGUACAAUGGUUCCUGUGCCAUAGUAAUUAAUACUAAACAUUUUUUUCCACAGCUUCAGAAAAUGUGGUGUAAGUCAGCAGACAGAUGUCAUUUAAAGGUCCAGUGUGUAGGAAUUAGGGGGGUAUAAUGGCAGAAAUAGAAUUUUUUUUAUAAUAAGUAUGUUUUCUUUAGUGCAUAAUCACCUGAAAAUAAGAAUCACUGUGUUUUCGUUACCUUAGAUUGAGCUGUUUAUAUCUCGUAGGAAGCCAGUCGCUGUCUAGAUCACCAUGUUGCGCUGCCAUGUUUCUACAGUAGCCCAGAAUAGACAAACCAAACGCCAGAUUUAUGGUCCUGCGGCGUACCUACAACAUACCUACGUCGUUGCCGUGAUGCCGUUGUGAACAUUUCGAACUUCUCCGUCACUCCAUUUCGUCGCGGUGUGAUUCACCGCCAGAGCGGUAGGAGGCUGCAUUCCUUUCCUGAAUGGUUAUCGUCGUCUGUAGUUGAUUCUUUGUUUAGCUUCCGGCUUUUCCGGUCACAGAGAAAUUAACGCUGAGCACGGACAGACGGCUCUGUCCGUAUCCUUAUUGAACGUUGAGCAUAAAUGGGCCUUAAUACUGCAACAUAUGUGCAACA